AUGGUUAUUGGUAAAGCUGUGACGGUCAAGACUUGCCCGCACUAUCCAUAUGCAAAUUACCUUGGCAUUCCCAGAAUGAUUGAAGGCUACAAACCUCUCAAAUCUUAUUGCUUCUAUCCUGUUUCCGCAAGGGUUGCAAAUUUCUACAAUGUGAAUCCCGAAAAUGAAGGAAAAAUUAGUUAUGCAAUAACAACAUUAUGGGCUCCUCAGACUUUCAAUCAAGCAGAUGAAUACUGUCAGACAAGGUUUGGUGGACAAUUAGCUUCCUUCAAAGAUGCAAGAGAACGAAUUCUUUUACACAAAGCGGUUUUCCCAUCUUUUGAUGAACGCAGUCAUAAAUCUCUCGGUUUCUUGGUCGGUUUGAAAAGUUACUUUCAUGCAUAUCCAAUUUUUACGGACGGCACAGACGGCUCUUACGGUUUUAAUCGGUCUGAAACAGAAAGUGACAAGCUUCCACGCUGUCAUGGAAUAGUGCGAAGCUAUAAAUACCCGAUAGAUUCCAUGCAAGCCGUGAAAUGCACUCAUUUUUUUAAAUUUGUUUGCAAGGGUAGGAUAUUUUCUAUACCAAAAGAGGUGCAGAAAUACAUGGUUGAUGACACCACUAAACAGGCAGAUUCAAACGAUAUUUGUGAAGAGGAAAGGGAAUUACUGUAUUUCUUCCAUGCCACAAAAGUCGUUGAUAUAAGAGACGGUUCAUCUUAUUGUAUUCAUGAUUUUUUUGUAUCUCGUAAAGUGCACAUUACAGAUUUUCAAGAAGCUGAGGAACUUUGCAGAACUCAUCUUGGUGGUCAUUUACUUUCAAUUUCAAAUUCUGAAGAACUUCGCUUUCUUAGUGGUUUGCUUUUUCCACCUCUAAAUGGAAGUAUGGUUGAGCUUGAGCUGAGACCUCUUGGUCUGCAUUACAGCCAUGGCGAUAUCAGUAAUUUUACUGAUGGUUCUAAUGGACUGUAUGCUAUCAAGGAAGGUUAUAAAGAGAAGAACUCACUAGACUUGCUUGGAAAAUGCUUCGUAUUUGUCCACUUGUACAACGAAAAUCGAAGUGCUAUAUGGAGGUCUAACUGCAAGGCAGAAACGGUAUACAAAAGAAUCACUUGUAAAGUUAGAAAUGAACCAAUAAGUAACGGUAAAUCCAAAAGAUUCGCUGCUUCAGGAAUUGGGCGUGAUAGCACACAGUCUAAAAGAAAUUGGGAACAGUUUCUUAUAAUGGGAUCUAUCGGUGCUGUUUCUGGGCUAAUAAUUAUAGCACUCUACAUUUCAAGGAGUGAAAGAUGA